CUUAGCAAUGUCUUGUUUUGUUCUAAUAAGCUAGCCGGGGUAUUAAGCAUGGUACAAACAGUACCGGUAUCGUACAAUUGCACAUACUGUAUCUGAUUGUGAGGCUUUUCUUGCACGUUUAUAGCCAUACCAGUGUGCAUCAAGAGUGAAAAUUUUAAUUUAUCUAUAACGUUAUUAACGACGUUUUUUGUUCUCUCUGGUAUGAUUAUACUGUUGCAAACUGGAAGUAAAAUUAAUCAGAUGGAAAAGGUGACUCGGUAUUUGUUCAGCAUACUUUGGGUAUUUGUGGCUCUCCUUAGUAAGGAUGUUAGCUCAGCAAUUUGUGGGCAAGAAAGAUCGGCCAAGGACAUUUACCAUAUCAAAGAUCAAAAACACUCCCAUCAUAAACAUGCGCUUGGAUCGUCGCUACAGACGGCACUGGGCAAUCUAGCGAUGGACAUCCAAAAAGAAAAACGGAAAAAAGGUAACGGGAAGAGUAACAGAAUUGUUGGGGGUUCGGAUGUAAACGAUCCAACUGGUGGACGAUUGUGCUGGCAGGUGAUGAUGCAGCUAAACGGACGCUUGGGAUCGGUUCGAUGUGGCGGGAGUAUUAUUGGUUCAAGAACAAUUUUAACGGCAGCGCACUGCGUUAGUACCAACCGUGGAAGCGGCCCGGGCGGGGCAAUAUUUCCAGCCAGUAUGAUGGAAAUCAUGGUGGGUGCUCUGGAUGAGGCGUACAACGGAAGCAAUCCGCAGCACGGUGCGGCUAACUGUGCACGCAAAUUCGACGUGGCCAAGAUUAUUCGUCAUCCCGAUUACAGCAAGACAACACUGAAUAAUGACAUCGCCCUGCUUGUGCUAACGGACGACAUUAACCUGGACUCCACCUGUGCCUGCCCGGUUUGUUUGCAACGACGCAAUCCGGUGCCGGGAGAAUGGUGCAUAAACAGUGGUUUCGGACAGGAGUCAGAGUCCGGAGAAGGAGACAACAAUCCUUUGCCGUUUAAAUACAUUUAUCAACAAAUCCUACAAAAUUACGAAGACCCAAGAUGUCAGUACGACUCCAGUACGGACGGAAACGAUUUCGUGUGCGCCGGCGGUGUGGCCGGAAUUGACAACUGCUAUGGGGAUAGUGGAGGUCCUCUUGUUUGUCAUAGCCAGACAUCAAACACCUAUUAUCAAGUUGGAUUGGUCUCGUACGGGCAAUUUGAAUGCGGAAGUGGGGAUGGAUCAAGAUACACGAACGUAAUCCGUUAUUUAGACUGGAUUGUUGCGAAUUCCAACGGGAAUGUAGCGAUAGCGUGAAUCGUCGAACUAAUAAAUAAAU